CUCUAUUACGUAUAAAUCAAAAGACAGUAGGCUGACAAAAAGGGCUCAAAAAUACAAGUUAUGCAACAUGUUCCCGCAAAGAAAUCAAAACACGACUCUCACCGGACGUGGAGGAUCCCUUCCAGAAUGUGCCCGAUUGGGGAAGGCCAUAGAAGAGUGCCCUGUUGCGCGGUCAGAUGGCUUCCUGCUCUAAUAAUUCUGGGCUUUUUGGUAUGGUCCUACCACGUAUUUGUUUACCAAAUCUGCAUAAAGAAAGUUUCGGACUACUUGACCAUUGGACUGUUGCUCUUUUUCUACCAUCUACUGUUGUUCAUGUUUCUAUGGACAUGGUUUCGGUGCAUUUUCGUAGCUCCAGUUAGGAUUCCCGAUCAAUGGAAAAUAUCACCCGAGGAUGUCGACAAAUUGAAGCGAAACGAUGGAAUAGAGGGAGCAUCUCGAGUCUUAAAUUAUGCAGCUAGAAAUUUACCCAUUGCCACGUGCACCAUCGAUGGACUAGUGAGAUAUUGCAAGACUUGCUGGAUUAUUAAGCCGGAUAGAGCUCAUCACUGUCGAACCUGCCACAUGUGCGUCCUGAAAAUGGACCACCACUGUCCUUGGAUAGUGAACUGCGUGCACUUUCACAACUUCAAGUACUUCAUACUCUUCCUGUUUUACGCUGAAGUAUAUUGCUUUUAUCUGUUCUGCGUAAUGGUCUAUGAUUUGUACCUGAUUUGUGGCUUUGAAGUUACUGCCCUGAAAAAUCAGCAUUCCUGGAACAUUCUUCAGUACUUGGUAUGCAUACUCUUUAACAUAUUCACCGUGAUUAUGUACACUGUCAGCUUGUUAAACGUAUCUCGAAAUCGCACCACUAUGGAGUCGGCUUAUGCCACAUACUUUCUUCUUGGCGGCAAGAACAAUAAUGGUUUCAAUUUGGGAUAUUUUGUUAAUUUUCGUGACCUUUAUGGCGAUAAGUGGUACCUCUGGCCCUUUCCGAUCUUCUCUAGUCGUGGUGACGGAUUUUCAUUCCCCUUGGCCCACGAUCGACUAAAGGAAGUCCGUACCGGUAACCAGAAAAAAGAUAAUCAACCCACCAGAACUCAGAUGUACAAGGAAAACAUGAAUCGAAUUCUCGGAAUUCAUCAGCCACCUUUCAAUGAAGAAUAGGUUCGCUUAAAAUAAAAGAGCAAUGUUAAAUUUUUAUUACGAUGCACUGUUAUUGAAAUUUAUGUGUCUUAAAUUUUCUCAUUUUCCAUUUCAAAUCAAGGAAAGCGAAACAAAAAAAUUUCGAGGAGACAGCUCCCGUAGACAAUUCGAAAAGGGGGAACUCCAUCAACGUCUUAAUUUACGAGUCAUUGGCAAGUGCAUCAGGAUCUGACUCCAUCCGCUUGGCAAUUGCAAUCCGCUGGCCUUUUCUUCGACCCGCUGAGUGGCCAACAUCGAUAAAUCCUCGACAUUCCGGUUCUCUAGUCCGCUCCUGCCCACAAACGCAUUGGAGUCGUUUAUAAAGCGCUUAACAUUCGUGACAUAUUUCGCAUUUGGCCGGGUGUCGGUCGCAGAAAUUUAUAGACUUUAUCCAUUAGGAAAACAAUUACGAGUGCAAACAAUGGCCAUUGACCAAUGUGCGAUGUCCAGCGGAUGGACUCCCCGGCCAGAGGCGAUUCCUUGGGCACUGAGCAUAUGUUGGGAUUGUCGCGCCCCCAAGUUCAAUGUCCUCGUCUAUAUUUUCUUAUUAUGCUGCGGCGACUUCUUGACUGCUGCAACACAAAUCCAAUUACCUUCAAAAUAAUAAACUUAUGUACAUACC